AUGCCACAGCUAAAGAAGGAGCUAAACAAGAUGGAGCAGGAAGGAAUCAUUACAGCUUGUCCAGAAACUACCAACUGGGUACACAAUCUGGUAACUGCUGUCAAAAAGAAUGGAACCUUAUGUCUGUGCCUCAAUCCGAGAAAUCUAAACAAGUACCUGAUCUGCAAUGUUCACUACACUGCAUCCUGGGAGCAUGUUCAACAUAGAUUCAGGGAUGGUCAGGAUUUCUCCACACUGGAUGCCAAGAGCGGGUACUGGACCAAACAACUCGAUGAGCAGAGCCAGCUUCUUACUGUGUUCAACACACCAUUCAAAAAGUACUGCUUCAUGCGCUUACCCUUUGGAUCGUCAGUAUCAUCUGAAAUCUUCUGCAAGCACAUGGAUCGAGUCCUAACUAGCAUUCCUAGGACAUUCCCAUGUGCAGAUGAUGUCAAAGUACAAGCACGACAGAAGAGCACCACGACAUCCACCUAUUGGAAACAGUACAGAAAGCUCGCCAAGUGGGCCUUAAGUUCAACCCAGAAAAGUGUUUCAUCAAGAAACAGGAAAUUGAGUACUUCGGACGUGUGA